AUGGCUGGAAUCCAAACCCAACUAGACCAAGGCGCCGUCCCCAACGCCAUCUCCAACGUCUGCCCACCCGGCACAAAGUUCCAGGUCCUUGAAGUAGGCUGGCUGGAAUGCGACAAAGGGUUCGUAAUCCGAGGCGGCAACACAAGCACCAAGUCCACAGAGACCGGCUCCUUCGUCAAUGAGCGUUGCGAAAUGCCCAUGUACUGCAUUUUAAUCGACCACCCGCACGAAGGUCUGAUCCUCUGGGAAACCGGCAGCGGAAAAGAUUACCCCACAGUAUGGGGUCCUGCCAUCGCCGAUAUCUUUGCACGAGUGAAGUACGAGCCGAGACAUGAGCUUCGGGCUGCUGUUGAGGCAACGGGACACAAAUUAGAUGAUAUCAAGAAGAUUAUCAUUGGGCAUUUGCAUCUGGAUCAUGCGGGUGGGCUUGAUGAGUUUUUGCAUCGCACGGAUGUCGAGGUUUGGGUACAUGAGAAGGAAUUGACGAAUGCGUUUUGGUCUGUUGCUACGGGGGCGGAUGUUGGGGUUUAUUUGGAACAUUAUCUUAAGUUGUCUCUGAACUGGAAGACGUUCAAUGAUCAAACACUAGACUUUUGUCAGGGUAUCACACUGCAUCAUUUGCCUGGGCAUACGGAUGGUCUUAUUGGCAUGCAGAUUAACAUGCUCAACACGGGGACUUUCUUCUUUAUUAGUGAUCAUUGCCAUGUUAUUGAGAAUUGGCGGGAUGGGAUUCCUCAGGGUUGGUUGGCUCGAGACCACCCAUCGUGGUUCAGGAGCACACAGCGUCUCAAGCACCUCCAACGAAUUACCAAGGGACAGGUCAUUCCUGGGCAUGAUAAAGAGACUUUUUUGGCGCUCCAGAGCCAGGCUAAUGUAUUUACGUGA